AUGGCUCCCCCUGCACAGUCAUUGAAGUUAGCUCCAUUUUUCUUCUUCUUCAUUUUCACUAUCCCAGUCUUUUUUGCUAUUCCCAUCCAUGCCCUUAACGUUGGCAUUCAUGCAAGUGGAGACAUCUCUCUGAGUAAAGAAUGCAGUAGAACAUGUGAAUCAAAGUUCUGUGGAGUGCCUCCAUUCUUAAGAUAUGGAAAAUACUGUGGACUUUUGUACAGUGGAUGUCCAGGAGAGCAGCCAUGUGACCGCUUAGAUGCUUGUUGUAUGAAGCAUGAUCAGUGCAUACAAGUUAAAGGCAGUUAUUUGAGCCAACAAUGCAAUCAAGAAUUCAUCAACUGUGUAGACGGGUUCAAGAAAUCAAGAUCCCCCACUUUCAAUGGCAACACAUGUAAAGUUGAUGAAGUUGUCCAUGUAAUCAAAGAUGUCAUUAAUGCUGCUAUUAUUGCUGGAAAGAUUUUUGGUAAACCUUAA